UCCGUCCCAAGGGGGAUGGACUCGGCCAACCACUCGCCGGGUCCGGACGACGCGGCGAUGUCCACCGCGGCCGAGGAACAGUUCUCCAAGUGCGGCUGCUGCUGCUUCUGGGUGCCCUUCGUCGCAUCGCGGGCCCGCAAGUCCUGGGAGAGGAUACGUCCCACGGCGGCGGAGCGGAGCGACGGAGGGUGCCCUACCACGAGGCGCCGGUGGUGGAGCAGAGGCUGGAAGGCCCUCCUCAAGGCAAGGGAGUGGUCCGAGCCCGUGGCCGGCCCCCGGUGGAAGACCUUCGUCUGCCGGUUCCGUCGCCGGCCCCGGCACGGCCGCAGGUUCGGCUACGACCCCAUGAGCUACGCCCUCAACUUCGACGAAGGCCAGGACAGCGACUCGGACGGCGACACCGUCAUUCGAGGGUUCUCCGCCAGGUACGCCGUCCCGCCGGCCUCGGCCAAGUCGUCCAUGGAUCUUGGGGACCGCAUCGACCCUCCGUUCUUGGUUGAGGACGACGAUUAGAAAGCGGAGAUGAGUUUGUUUCUUGUCGAUCGGUGGAUGAUUUGCGUUCGUGUGGUUUAUUUUUGGGGCGAUAUCUAUUAAUUAUAUGAGGGCAGAAAAAAAAGAGAAAAUAGGUAUAAUUCUUUUUUUCUAAUGAAGAAAAAAAAAUACGAGAAGAAGGUAUU